UAACCAAGGACAGCUACGUAGUGACUGGAGUCACAAAAUAUGGUCCACUGUGCGGGAUGCGAGAGGCCUAUUCUGGACCGAUUUCUGCUCAGCGUCUUGGAUAGAGCCUGGCAUGCCAAAUGCGUGCAAUGUUGUGACUGUAAAUGCAAUUUAACUGAUAGAUGUUUUUCAAGAGAAGGACGACUCUACUGCAAAAACGACUUUUUCAGACGUUAUGGCACUAAAUGUGGAGGAUGUGCGCAGGGAAUCUCGCCCAGUGAUCUAGUCCGGAAAGCGCGAAGCAAAGUCUUUCACCUGAACUGUUUCACCUGCAUCAUGUGCAAUAAACAGCUUUCCACUGGCGAAGAACUGUACAUUCUAGAUGAAUAUAAAUUUGUCUGCAAAGAGGAUUACAUGAAUAACAGCAUCGGAAAAGACACAAACCUUCUGUCAAUUACUACGUGCAGUGACCCGAGCUUAUCUCCAGAAUCUCAAGACCCACAGGACGAUUAUAAAGACUCUGAGACUGGACACAUGUCGGACAAGGAGGUCUGCAACAAUGAAAACGACGAGCAGAAUCUGGGUGGCAAACGUCGCGGGCCGAGAACUACUAUCAAAGCCAAGCAGCUGGAAACUCUGAAAGCUGCUUUCGCCGCCACCCCCAAACCUACCAGACACAUACGAGAGCAGCUGGCGCAGGAGACAGGCCUUAAUAUGAGAGUCAUUCAGGUGUGGUUUCAGAAUCGGCGCUCUAAGGAGAGGCGCAUGAAGCAGCUGAGCGCGCUGGGCGCCAGAAGACACAUGUUCUUCCGCAGUCCGAGGAGAAUGAGAGCGCUGGGCGAUCGAAUGGAACCUGGAGAGCUCAUGGCCAACGGCCAUUUCUCUUUUUAUGGCGACUAUCAGGGUGAAUACUAUGGCCCAGGGUCAAACUACGACUACUUCCCUCAAGGUCCACCUUCCUCCCAAGCCCAGACUCCAGGUGAUCUAGGAUUCAUGCCCUCCUCCGGCCCAGCUGGAACCCCUCUAGGGAGCAUGGACCACCAUCACGGAGCCCACCACCCCUCCACUGAGACACAAUGCUUCAGUGAGAUGAUAUCGCAUCACCCAGGGAACUCCCCCAGCCCAGAGCCCAGCGCACCCGCCUCCAUCCACAGUAUCUCCACUGACAUGUGUGACUCCACUCCACCCUUCACAUCCCUGAACUCUCUUAGCAGCAACGGAUACAGCAAUCAACUGUCCUCGGAGCUCAAUGAAGGGACGGUUUGGUAGCAAACAACAGACUAAUUACAAAGUCAGGAUACAAAGAUGUGGACAUGUACUGUUCAUGUGUGAUUUUAUAGCAACAAUAUUUCUAUUUAGUUAAUUUAUUGACAUAACUGUCUAUUUAUUUGAUCAUUUGUUUACCUAUUUAUUUAAUGUAUUUAUCUAUUUAAGCAGCAUUUUGUGUAUUUUGAAAGUGGAAUGUCAAAUAUGGGUCUGCAGACCUUAUAGCUGUGCUAUAGACAAGGACAGUACAAGAAAAGCUGAAACAGAAUGUUUAUAUUUACAACACCUGGUGUGUCUGUUCACAUGUGUAUCAUAAUUUGAUGACUCAGACCUCUUUGCCUUUCAAGGCUUUGCCAUAAUGACACUUGAAAUCAUCUCGCACCAAAAUCUUUCUCUGCUCUCCAUGUGGUGGAGUUACGUUUCCAUUAUGAGUUCCACCAAAUCUCAGAGCGUUUGCCUUUAAAAGGGAAACUUAAAAUUGUCGGGACAAACCCUUUAUUUGAAAUGAAACAUGACUUGAAUUAUAAGACAAAGUCUACCUUCUAAAAAAUGAUUUUAUAUGGUCAGUGGACAGAGAGCAGUCAAUUGUUUACGUGUAUUUUCUUCAGGGGUUUAAAUAUCAACAAUAACUUAACGAACCCUCUUGAUACUGACAUAAACUUUUUUUUUUUCCAAGCAAGAAACCAAACUUUUGUAUUAAUUCAAUUUAUAUUUGAGUUGUGAUUCACUGUACUAGUUUGUAUAAUAUUGUGUUUGCACAAAGAAUACACUACACAGAACAAAACCAUAAAUACAUGUUGACAAAGGAGCACAAAUCCAUAAAUUGCAU